AAUAACUCAGAACUUAUAUGAUUAUUUCUAUAAAUAACUUCUUCAUCAAUGAACUAUGGAGCCGGACCGUCACAACUACCAUCUUCUUCUUCUUCUUCUUCUUCUUCUGACGACGAAAUAUGGUCUCAGUACAUUAAAGAUUGGGAGGAAGAUAUGACACAAUGGGAGAAGGAAGAUGAACUCUUAGCUCGCGUACAUGCCUCUAAUAGUAAAAUAAUGACUUAUCUCUCUCAAGAGGCAGAGCGGCCAAAGCGUAUUGGCUCAGUUCCUGGUCAUUUGGUGAUCAAUCGCGGGAGGGAAGAAGGUAAUUCUCGACUUUACCAUGACUAUUUUUCUGAUAACCCUACAUAUGGUGCAAACCUAUUCCGUAGAAGGUUCCGGAUGCACAGGAGUUUAUUCCUUCGUAUAGUUGAGGCGGUACGUGAUCAUGACAACUUCUUUGUACAGAAGAUGGAUGGUGUCGGCAAACUUGGGCUAUCAACUUUACAAAAAGUUACAUCGGCAUUUCGCAUGUUGGCGUAUGGAACAUCAGCAGAUAGUACUGACGAAUAUGUUAGGAUCGGUGAGUCAACUGCAAUUGUGUGUUUAAAGAGAUUUUGCAGAGCAAUUGUAGAAGUAUAUGGAGAUGAAUAUCUGAGGACUCCCAAUGUCGACGAUGUUGCAAGGUUAUUGCAAAAGGGCGAAGAAAGAGGUUUUCCAGGAAUGUUAGGAAGUCUAGACUGUAUGCAUUGGCAAUGGAAAAAUUGUCCAACAGCAUGGGCAGGACAAUACUCAGGUCGUCAUGGAGGUCCAACCAUUAUUCUUGAGGCAGUAGCAUCAUAUGAUCUAUGGAUAUGGCAUGCAUACUUUGGCUUACCAGGAUCCAAUAACGAUAUUAAUGUAUUGCAGUCGUCUAAUUUGUUCGACAAUCUAUCACAAGGUAUUGCUCCUCCUGCUCAUUACACAAUUCAAGGAAAAAAUUAUGAUGUCAGUUAUUAUUUGGCUGAUGGCAUGUAUACGAAAUGGCCAACACUUGUUCAAACCAUUUCUAAUUCCGAUGAUAAAAAGAAACAAUAUUUUGUAAUGAUGCAAGAAGCAUGUCGAAAAGAUGUUGAGCGGGCAUUCGGUGUUCUCCAAUCACGAUUUGCUAUCAUCAAGGGGCCAGCCCGUUUUUGGGAUAAACGAACUCUGCAUGAUAUCAUGACUGCUUGUAUUAUAAUGCACAAUAUGAUUGUCGAAGAUGAACGCGACGAGCAAGAAGAUGUUGUCAUUUCAACUCCACAAUCAAUUCCGAAUGCUGAAAAUAUGUGUACAUUGGCGACGGGUAUGAGCCCGUCGCCAAUGUACAUUGGUGACAGAUGUAUUCCCGUCGCCAAUCCGGACUCCAAAAAAUGGAGUCCGGUUGGAGCUCAACCGGGCUGCAUUUUGGAGAAAUGCAGCCCGGUUGGAGCUGCUCUAAGACCAUAG